AUGGAAGAAAAUGAGGUAAAUUUUGAAGAGGUUACUACAUACAAUGAAAAUGUGCAUUGGAAAAAACAAAAACCUGUGUUAGGAAUGCAAUUUCAUAGUCCAAAACAGUUAAAGUUUAUGUUAUGUAAUUAUGCUGUUGCUAAUGGGUAUCAGUUGUGCUACAAAAAAAAUGACAGUAGAAGACUAUUAGUUAAAUGUUGUUCUGGGAAGUGUAAGUUUAGGCUAUGGGCUUCAUGGAUGAGUGAAGAAAAGUCUUUCCAGAUUAAGUCCCUUAUAGAUGAGCAUAAUUGUGCUAGAAACUUUAAACUUGGAUCAAUUGUUAGCUAUGCUUGGAUUGGUAGCCAUUUUAACACUAAGUUCUUACAAAAACAGAAAAUGAGUGUUAGGAUGCUUAGGGAAGAGGUGAAACAGGCUUUUGGUAUAGAUGUAAGUAUGGGUCAAUGCAGGAGAGCAAAAAAGCAUGCUAUCGAGCUAAUUGAAGGCACAUUGGUUGAGCACUAUUCAAAGCUUUGGUCAUAUGGUGAGGAGAUAAGGAGAUCAAACCCAGGAUUAAUUGUGAAAAUUGAUGUCACUACUAUGCCUGAUGGGAAAAAUUAUUUUAGUAAGUUUUAUGUUUGUUUUAAGGGACUAAAGCAAGGGUGGAGGGGUAGUUGUAGAAGAGUAAUUAACCUGGAUGGCUGUUUCCUUAAGGGGAUAUGUACCGGAGAGUUAAUAACUGCUGUUGGAAGGGAUGCUAAUAAUCAUAUAUUUCCAAUUGCAUGGGCAGUUGUGUGUGUUGAAAACAAAGAGAAUUGGAAAUGGUUUUUGGAAAAUUUAAAAGAUGACUUAGGAAUGGACAACGGUUUUGGAAUUGCAUUGAUGUCAGAUCAGCAUAAGGGACUAUUGGAAGCUGUGAAGGAGAUUUUGCCUACUGUUGAACACAGACAGUGUGCAAGGCAUGUUGUUGCCAACUUUAGGAAAAGAUUCCCCGGAGUAAUGUAUGAGAAAAUGUUUUGGAAGGCAUGCAAGGCAUCUACUGAGCCUUUACACAAUGCACCAAUGAAGGAAAUACAAUUUCUCAAUCCUUCAGCCUUUGAGUAUCUAACAGAAAAGAACCCACGAUCAUGGUGUAGAGCUUUUUUUGAGGAGGGAAAGAUGUGUGAUGCUGUAGAGAAUGGGUUGUCGGAGAGCUUUAACAAUGUUAUAAGAGAUGCAAGGAAGAAACCAAUCAUCACAAUGCUUGAAGAGAUUAGAUUGUACGUUAUGGAAAGGCAGUUUCAUUUGAGCAUGAAAGGCAGUUCAUGGCCAGAUUUUGAACCAUGUCCAUCAAUUAGAUCCUUGUUGAAUCAAUUGAAAAAAGCUCAAAGAUAUUGGCAGGUUUUACCAAGUGGGUUGAACCAAUUUGAGACUAGAAACUUAGCAGAGUCUUAUGUCGUUGACUUAGACAAGAAGACAUGUUCUUGUAGAGUUUGGCAACUAAAUGGGUAUGGGUGUGUGCACUCAGUUGCAACUAUUAGUUACCUAAACAGAGAUGUCGGAAGUUAUGUGGAUCCCAUGUUCUUUGGAGCUUUUUAUAGAAAUGCUUACAAGUACCCACUGAGAGGGAUGAAUGGCAGCAAUAUGUGGCCAAGUACCAAUUUCAUACCACCAUUGCCACCUUUGAAAAGGAAAAUGCCAGGCAGGCCUAAAGUCAAUAGAAGGAAGGACCCAGGAGAAAAGAGUACUAGACACACCGUGUCAAAGUUUGGGAAGAAAAUUCUAUGUAGUGUGUGUAAACAAGUUGGUCACAACAAGGCUACAUGUCCGAAAGUUGAGAAGCCCAAAAAGCUCAAGGUGAAGAGAAAGAGAUCAAAUACUAAAGGUGGUAAUGAAGAGGAAGGAAGUGGUUCAAAAACAACUGUUGGAAGCAAACAGAAGCAAUCUCAAGGUGGUAAUGAAGAGGAAGGAAGUGGUUCAAAAACAACAGUUGCACGUAAACGGAAGCAAUCAGAGAGGAUUAUAAAGAAAAAAUUGGCAAAAAGGGUUGAAGGGAAAAAUGGAGAAGGAAAUUCUGGUGAUAAUCCAAUGAAUAUUGAAUAG